AUGAAGACAGCAAAAAAGAAGAAGUGCAAGUGAAAAAGGCAAGAACCUUGGAAUGGGUAGUCGAUCGUGUGGGAACCAGGAAGCUGCCGCCACCAGAGAGAGCACAUAGUAGCACUAGUCAGGUCCCUAAAGUGGAUCGCACAACGUACAACCUUGCAUCAUCAUAUUAUCUCGCAAAUAGGAUCGAAAUUAAAAACCCACCAUAUAGUGCAUCAAAGCUUCCGAUCAUCCACAACAGACAACUAUUCAUUCGUGUUCGCGAUAAUCCCAGAGAAUUCGUAUGUCGUGGGCGAGCGAUCUGGAAAUUAGCGAUAACUGAUAUAUUGUUUCAUGCCUUUCCCAGUUUUCCGCCCGGCUGUAUAACCAAACUAAAUGAUAAGAUAAAGAUCGAGAUGUUCGACAAGUUAUGGAAAUCAAACAAACAUGGCGUAGGCUUUUUGCAAUACCUCGCCAUUUACUACCUCGAUCAGAAGACGGAUGGGAUGGAAAAAGUUAUCUAUUUUGUGAAGUGUUUGCUGCAGCCUCUCACUGGUCAUUUUUUGCAAGCGUUGAAUCUUCUGGAUAUUGACGCGAGAGAUGAGAAGUUGGCUCCGGCUGCGGCUCCUCAUGGAUGA